AUGAAUGGGCCAUCAACAAUUAACGGUCCAACAAAUGAACAAUUAAUAGGAAAAUUUCAAGUGAUUAAUCUUGAUAAAUUACCAGUAAAUACACUUAAUAACCAUGACGAUGCUAUUCCACAAGUACCAAUGAUAACAGAUGAAUUAGGAUGUCCAUCACGUUUUCAAAUGAUUCGUGUUGAUAGAAAUUUUGGACGUGGUCGAUGGAAAGUUAAUGAUUAUGAACCACCUGAAAAUAUUUCAAAUUCACUAAUUCCACUAGUGAAUACAAUUGAAAAUGAAUCCAUUACUAUUCCUAAUAAUAAUUCAACAUUUGCAAAUGUACCAAUAGCAACAAUUCCUAAUAUAUCAGCUACUGUACCAACAGUUGUUACUGGAGAUUCAAAUGUAGCUUCAUCUGCUACACUUGCUGCAACAGCUGCUGUAAGAAUCUAUGUUAUAGUCUUUUUGAUUUUUUUCAAAUAA